AUGGCGGAGCACCCAGAGCUGGUGGCAGAGAUGCCAGCGGUGGCUCGGCUCAGCACCCCGGAGAGGCUGAAACAUGCCCAGAAGCGCCGAGCCCAGCAGCUCAAAAAAUGGGCCCAGGCUGAGAAGGAGCCACAGGGAUCCAAGGUGGGAGCUGAUAGGAAGAAGAGGAGGAGGAAGAGUGAUGGCAACACCAAAAGGGUGACAUUCCCUGCCAGUGUCCAGCUGCUGGAAGCUGCUGCCCGGCAUGAUGCUGAGGAAGUCCGGCACUUCCUGGCCAGUGGGAUCAGCCCUGACCUCUGCAACGAGGAUGGCCUCACAGCCUUGCACCAGUGCUGCAUUGACGACGCGGGCGCAGUGGUGCCCGUGCUGCUGGAUGCCGGCGCCGACGUCAACGCCCGCGACAGCGAGCUCUGGACCCCGCUGCACGCCGCUGCCACCUGCGGCCACCUCCGCCUGGUCCAGCUCCUCAUCCAACGUGGUGCUGACCUUCUGGCCACCAACUCCGACGGCAACAUGCCCUAUGACCUCUGCGAGGACGAGGUGACCCUGGACUGCCUGGAGAGCGCCAUGGCCGAGCAGGGAAUUACCCAGGAGAAGAUCGAGGAGGCUCGGGGGGCCACCGAGAGGGAGAUGAUGGUGGAGAUCCGGCAGCUGGUGGAAGCUGGAGCUGAUCUGGAUGUGCCGAGAGGACACGGAGCCACUUUGCUCCACAUCGCGGCUGCCAACGGCUACAUGGAAGCUGCUGAGCUGCUGCUGGAGCACCGGGCCAGCAUCGGUAGCAGGGACGAGGACGGGUGGCAGCCACUCCAUGCCGCGGCCUGCUGGGGACAGGUGCAGCUGGUGGAGCUGCUGGUGGCCCACGGCGCCGAUCUCAACGGCAAAUCGGUACUGGAUGAGACCCCCUUGGAUGUCUGUGGUGACGAGGAGGUGAGGGCCAAGCUGCUGGAGCUGAAACACAAACACGAGGCCGUGAUGAGAUCCCACCACAGGCACAAAUCCCUCCUCCAGCGCCGCACCUCCAGCACCGGCAGCCGUGGGAAGGUGGUGCGGAGGGUGAGCGUCUCAGAGCGCUCCAGCCUGUACCGGCGGGAGCACGAGCGGGAGGCCAUCGUCUGGCAGCGAGCCGCCCGCCGCGACAGCGCCGACGAUGACGACGACCACCAGACCGACGCCGAGCUGCAGCACCGCGCAGCCACCGACCCCCCGGCCUCCUCCCCUCCCCGCAACGGCUCCGCGCUCUGUGCCCACGGCCCUGGCACUGGCGCCACCGUUCACCCGGUACCGGAUCCAGCGCCACGCCAUCACCUGCCUGCCACCCUCCCCGACCUCAAACGGCACCGAGCGGCCACCAAGCUCCAGCACCCGCCUGGAGGGGACCCAGCGGCGCCGAUUGGCGGGGGUGACACUGGCGGUACUGGUGUCACUGGUGGUGCUGGGGACGGCACCGGCGAGCCUCCGCUCCUCAAACUGACGGCGCCGGCUGAGGAGCCGCCGGCACAGAAGCAGCGCUGCUGUAAGGUGAUGUGA